UCUAUGGAUGAUAAUCCAAACUCCAAGCUUUUCCAUUUUAUUUUUUUCUCGUCAUCAUUCUCGGACUUCGAUAUUCGAUCGCUGCAGUCCUCUGUAGUUUCGGUCUCAUUCAGUCAAAACAUCUAAUCACUUUGUCGUCUGGGUUGUUUUCAAACAUCUUGGAUUUGUAUAAUACUUAACAAUUUUUUUUUCAUACUCAGCAAGAAAUUAACAUGUCCAACAAAAAUCAACUAUACGCCAAAGUGGUGCGACCUACAAACAGCCAGAAACCAUCGAUAAUACCGGUUCCUAUAUGUAAAAAUGUUAGUAACUCAAAAGUCAAAUUGAGUCCAAUCUCAAAAAUGUCACAAGUUUCUUCAAAAACAAUGGAUCGAGAUACAAUAAAAAAAAUAGAAUUAGUACUUAAUCAGAAAGAACAGUCAUUAAUUCCAUUAAAUUUAAAGAUUUCAAAAGAAGUAACUAUAACCCAUAUCAAUGAUACAAACAAUAAAAUAAUAUCAAAGUUAAAAAAAUUACCUGAUAUUACUAUUAAUUUAAUUCAACCUAAGCCAGUUUUUAAAGUUCCUGAACCUCCAAAACUUAAAACAAAAAAUACUAAAAAAAAUAUCACACCAUCUAAUGUAUUAAAAGAUAAAAGAGCUGUUCAUAAUAGUAUACUUAAAUCAAACAUGAAUUUAAAUUCAAGUGAAACUUUAAAACAAAAAUCAAAUCAAAUAUUUAAUAAAACUUCAUUGAUUACAAAAAGUUCAGAUAAAAGAAUUUCAAAGAAUUCAGAAGAUUCUAAUAAAAUAUAUUCAGUCUCGGAAAAGGAAAAUAUACAACGAACUAGUUCUCCCAAAAUUCUAUCAAAAAAAAUACAAAGUUCUCAUAUGAUUAAAUUAAAAAGUUUAAAAACUAAAAAACCGGUAGAAGAAACAUCAAAUAAUAGUAAAAUUUUCACUGAGGAAGUGAAACCUGUAGAAAAAGUAUCUAAAGAAAUAAUCAAAAUGCCCGAUAACGCUACAGUCACAGAACUUAAAACCAACAAAUUGGCUAAUGAAAAUUAUAUGCUUAUGGAUUUAUCAUCUAAUGGUGAAUUCAAUAUCGUUCCAGCAUCUUUUAUUUUAGAUUUUAAUAAUGACAAUGAUCCUGAGUAUAGACAGUUUUUAAUGGGAAUUAAUAAAUCACAUUUGAACAGUAAUAUGGACAUGGAAAAUUAUCAAAAUGACACUGAAAAAGAAUUAUCAAUAAUUAUUGAAGAGCCGGACAUGUUUUCAGAUUUUAUAAGAUGUAUCAACACUUCAUUAAAUAUUAAUAAUGAAUUCAAUGAUAUAGAUUUAGAAUUAGAAUUAAAAUCUCAGUCUUCUUAUAGUAGAAAUUCUUCUCUGAAUAUUACAUUUGAACAAUUACAUAUAAGCAACGAAAAAGAAGAAAAUAUAAUGGAACAGAUCGAAGAUAAACAAAACUUUUAUUUUUAUAAUCACACUUCAAAACAGCCAUCUCGUCGACAUAAUGAUAUGAAUCAAACAAUGGACAUAUUUAUUAAACAAAAAGACAAUCAACUGUUCCGAAAAAUGACAAGCUAUUUUUGUAAUAAUUUGAUAGAAAACAUACCUGAAAUUGAAAACAAAUUAAUAGAUUUUAACAUACAACAAAAACAACCAAAUAGUAUAAAAGAUUCAACAUAUCUUAAGUCUGAUGAAAAUCAAAAUAUUUAUAAAAGAAAAAAAAAACAAAAUCCAAAUGAGUUAUAUAAAAAACAAAGGAUGGGAGUUUUAAAGUAGUUUCAAUGAACCGCCGAUUUUUAAAAAUUGUGGUUAAUAUAACCAUAAUAUUUUUAGUUUUGUACUAUAUA